AUCUGACUGCUGGCAUUGUGAGAGAAAAUGGAUAAGGUGUAGAGAAAAAUUACAAAAUCACUUUCGCUUACAAGACGAACAUGCAAAUGUAAAACAGAACUUGAAGGAACUUGAACAGAGAGGACGGAACAGAUAUCAGUUGAUCUCUGCAGUUAUUGUUCGCUUUAUAGCACACACUGUGAGUUUGCAGCGAGUUUUGCAGCGAUCACCUGAGCUUAUUCACGCUGCACACAGUUCCAGUCCGCAUAACCACUCCAUUCAGCGGAAUUCAUUGACGUUAGGCGAUUCGAUGGCGAAUCCGAACCAUUCGGAUUUGCAUCAUUCGGCUCCCUUGGGACAGCAACUACACAAUGAAGCACUCCAAUUUCCAACAGAUGGAAUCUUGUGGCCUCGACUGCUAAGAUUGGGAGGAUAUUUCAAUGUUUUGCAGGUCGAGCUCAACAAUUCUGAUUAUCAGCGAAAUGAUGAUAUUCCAAGAAAUGAAUUAAUCUCAACAUUCAAUGCAUAUAUAGAAGAUGAUUUUCUCAACCAAAUUGUACUGCUGCCUUCAUUGGAAAUCACCGCAGACAUGACCAUCGAACAGCGUACAUGUGCGAUUUGCCUCAACGUGCAGCAACAUGUUAUAAUUCUACCCUGCCACCAUCUGUUCCAUCCGCUGUGCAUUGAAAUAUGGCUGAAAAUAAAAAUGAUCUGUCCGACGUGUGGUAGACCGGUGAACCCGACUUACGCGUUAGUGCCUGAGAAUAAGUAA